CAUGGCUCAACAUAGGAAACUAUCAGUUCGCAAGCUGGAUCUGUUGCCGCCACCGCUGAAGGAGCUCGAGCUUGCAAUUCACAAUGGGCUAAAGCAAAAUUUCAGCAAGUACAGCGUCCAGAUCUCAACAUCUCCCGACCUUCGAGAAGCUCCGUUUUAUCUCGCAGGUCCCGGCUUGAGCGGAGAUGUUCGCAUUGCAGACGUUGGAGGCCAAGCCAACCUCAGACCUUCCCCAAACUUCGAUUCUAAGUAUGACUUGCUCGCUAUCUCUGAGCUCAUGGACAUGUCGCAGGACGGCGGCGUGCUUAUCGGAGCGGGUGCCGGCCCAUUUCACGUCCUGGGCCGCAACACCGAAUUGAUGCCAAAUAUCGCUUAUGGAUCUGCUACCGCCGACGGCAAGCUACACAAUUGUACGCGCUACGCAAAAGUUACCGACGAUGGAACCGUAUGCUGCGAAAGAAUUGAACCGACUGAGUCGACAGGAUUUGGGCUUAUGUGCAACUUGCUCGGUUGCAACGGCGAGUCGGGCCCCAUGCUACACAUCAAAGCCAAGGGUCGACUACAGAAAGCCAACUUUCCCGAAUCGAUUCAGAAUGCUAUUCGGGAAGCUUACGGGGAGAAGCUUAUUAGCCUAGGUGGAGUCUUUGUAAUCCACACCGGCAAGACAAAACUACACGUUAUGCCGGAUUUCCCAGGCAAACCUUUUGACGACGAGAAAGACGUUGGAAGCUGGCUCAAGUUCUUUGACACGGAUGCGCCUCUCGUUUGUCUGAGCGUUUUCCAUUCCGGUAAUCAGCAAGACUGGGGUCUGAGGACUGAGCAUACACACUGCUUUGCUGUUGACGGACAGGACGCAGACAAACGUGGUGGACAUUACCAUCAUGAUCUUGAUGAAACGAUGGAAGAAGUUGAAUACGAAGGGUGGUUUAGCGUUGCCGAUGUUCUUUAUAGGAUUGAUCAGCCGGUUUAAACGCCAUUCAUUUAGUUCUUGAUUGAACUCAAGUCUACGUCCUUUCAACAGAAUCAGAUAAGGUAGCAAGAGCCAUACUAGUACGUGCUUGAUAACAAGAGGGCAACUUUUAUCCGGCUGGCUCGAGCUUAGGUCGGGGCUAUAGGGCGCCUCUACCAGAAUGCUGAGUAACAAUGUAGCUAUAAAUAGGUUCGGAUGGAG